AUGGCAAAAGACACCUCUGUAGGGGAAAGCUGGACGAGCGCGGCGACGACAUAUGAGAAUGUUCGGCGUUCCUUGCGACCACUUCCCCAGGUUCCUAAUGCGGCCCCUCCGACGAGCACAACAUCGGUAUAUCGGCAUACGAGAAGUCAAACCGUCGAUAAUCCACAGCAUUGGAAGGAAAACCGCCCUCGAACUCCCGAUUCACGCCACCCACACAGUUUGGAGGGCGACCGACUGGGCGAACGACAGUCACUCAACUCGCAGACCCCAUCGAAAAAAAACCCCAUACAGCCAGAAUCUCCUCAUGCCGUUUCACCUCAUUCUCGACCACAUAUCCGACCACAUCACUCACAUAGCCUGUCUAACCCACUUCCACCACCGCUUACGACGACCCUCUCAACACCAGAACUAGAGACUUUCAAGAAGUCAUCGACGGGCCACCUCCGUACUUUGUCCAAGUUCGCCAAAUCGGGCGAUACUGAGGAGUUUGCUCUCGAAACCUACAGUCCUUCUGUAGUGGGCUUGCAGGGACGACGGCGACUGAAGCGCGCGGGGUCCGUUGCGGGCGCGCAGGGCUCCAGGGUUGCUCGAAAGCAGAAUGCGUCGGCAUGGGCGGCUGGUAAUUGGAUGGACAAACAACGUCAAUUUUUGCAGGCGUACGAGUAUCUUUGCCACAUCGGAGAAGCCAAGGAAUGGAUCGAAGAGGUCAUUCAGAAGCAAAUCCCGCCAAUCGUCCAACUGGAGGAAGCCCUCAGAGAUGGCGUCACUCUCGCAGAAGUCGUGCAGGCGAUGUAUCCUAACCGAACAUUCCGAAUCUUCAGGCACCCGAAACUGCAGUACCGACACUCCGACAAUAUAGCCUUGUUCUUUCGCUUUUUAGACGAAGUCGAGCUACCCGAGCUAUUCAGGUUCGAACUCAUUGAUUUGUACGAAAAGAAGAACAUUCCGAAGGUCAUCCACUGCGUGCACGCUUUGUCAUGGUUGCUCUUCAAAAAAGGCCUGGUGGAUUUUCGCAUGGGAAAUCUUGUCGGCCAACUCGAGUUCGAACACCAUGAGCUCGAACAAACACAAAAGGGGCUCGACAAGUCAGGAGUAAGUAUGCCCAGCUUCUCCGGCAUGGCUGCGAACUUUGGUGCAGAGCCCGAGCCAGAACCAGAGCCAGAACCUGAAACUGAAGAAGAGCGAAUCGAGCGCGAACUGCACGAGAAUGAAGCCUCGAUUGCCGAAUUUCAGGCUCAGAUCAAGGGCGCGAUGUUGCGGCUGAAGCUUGGCAAUGUCAUGAAUGAACUAUGGGAUUUCGAACCUUUCCUCAUCGACCUCCAAUCCAGACUUCGUGGCGACUGGGCCCGUCAGGUCAUUCAGUAUCGGCUGAACAUGCGGUCUUUUGCAGUGAACUUGCAGGCGGCCUGCAGAGGUUUCAUUGUACGAUCCCGCCAGCAAGGUGAUAGGGAAUGGUUCCAAGCUCAGGAGCUUGAUGUUCUGCGGCUGCAGACUCUCAUCAGAGGCGCUAAAGCAAGAACCCAAGUACAGUAUCUCCGGAGUCGGACGCGAAAAGAAGAAUCCGGCAUCAAGCAGAUUCAGGCGGCUCUUCGAGGCGCCCUGCAGCGGAAGAAAGUUUGCGCCGUGUACGAAGACACCAGAGCCAUAGAGCCUCAAGUUACCGCAUUGCAAGCUGCUGUGCGAGGUGCUCUUCGUCGGAAAAUGAUCUCAGAGCAACACGAAAAGACGCAAUCCGCUGAAGAUGGAAUUACGCAACUCCAGUCGCUCAUUCGGGGUGCUCAUUUCCGGCGGCAGUUAAGCGCUCAACAAGACGACAUCAAGAAGACUGAAGAUAAUGUGCAAUUGCUGCAGGCUGCGAUUCGAGGAAUGUUGACACGUACAGCCGUCAUUCAGCUGAAGAGCUCUCUCGCGGAGGAGGUGCCGUCCGUGAUAUCAGUUCAAGCCGGUGCUAGAGCUCUGGCGGCCAGAGACCACUAUUUCCAACUCACCAAUUUGCUUGCACAGACAAAGAAUGAAUGCAUAUCUCUGCAGGCUUUCGUCCGUGGUGGAACUGUUAGGGGCCACCUGAACUCACUUCGACAAGCGUUAGGGCAGCACACUCUGACAAUCGUUGGGCUUCAGAGUAUUCUUCGAGCAAAAGGUGUACGGGACGCUCUGGACGCACAGAGAGCGACGUUGGUGCAAGAGGAAGGGUCAAUUCUACAGAUGCAGUCGGCGGCCCGAGGUGCUAUCCUAAGAAGGCGCCUGGAAGCCGACGCAGAGGCUCUCCGAGCACAGGAACACAUCAUUGUGGAUCUUCAAGCUCUCUCCAGAGCGGCAAUUCUGAGAAUCAAUGUUGGAGCUGUUCUUGAUGAGCUGGAAGAUUGUGAGGAUGAGGUUAGCCAGCUGCAGGCGCAUAUCCGAGCGAUGAUCGUUCGGGUCGAUGUCGGUCAGGAUUUGGCUGAUCUAGCAGCCGAAGAGGAACUGAUCACGGACCUACAAUCUCGCAUGCGCGGACAUAUCAUCCGAUCGAAGUUCGAAGAAAAGCGCCAAUAUUAUCGGGCCAACAUGGAAAGGGUCAUCAAGGCGCAGAGCAUCGUGCGAGGCAGAAUCCAGGGUCAGGCAUACAAGAGCCUCACAACAGGAAAAAAUCCACCAGUCAAUACAGUCAAAGGAUUUGUGCAUCUCUUGAACGACAGCGAAUUCGAUUUUGACGAGGAAAUAGAAUUCGAGCGACUCAGAAAAUUGGUCGUGCAACAGGUCCGGCAAAAUGAACUGGCGGAACAAUAUAUCAGUCAACUGGACAUCAAGAUUGCUCUGUUGGUAAAGAACAAGAUUACGCUGGACGAAGUCGUCAAACAUCAGAAGCAUUUUGGAGGCCAUGUUGGCAGCCUCUUGUCCAAUGCAGACAUCUCGUCAAAAGACCCAUUUGACCUCAAGGCCUUGAAUAAGACAUCCAGGAAAAAGUUGGAGCACUAUCAAGUGCUCUUCUUUCUCUUGCAAACACAAUCUCAGUACCUCGCCAAGCUUUUCCGCAGACUGCGAGAGCUCAACACACCGGAAAAGGAGUACGAGAGAAUAAGGCACUUGAUGAUGGGGCUCUUCGGUUAUUCCCAGAAGAGACGCGAGGAGUACUACCUCAUCAAGUUGCUGUCCCGCUCGGCGAAGGAGGAGAUUGAGAGUUUUGAUUCGUUGCAUGAAUAUCUGCGCUGUAACUCGUUCUGGAACAAGCUAUUCGCAUCCUACAUCAAGUCUCCUCGGGAUCGGAAAUUCAUGCGCGAUGUCCUUGGGCCGCUUGUCAGGGAAAACGUGGUCGAGAAUCCAGAGCUGGACCUGGAAAGCGACCCCAUCCAAAUCUACCGCUCGGCGAUCAAUAACGAAGAACUGCGUACCGGCAGGAGAAGUCGGCGGCCACUGGACCUUCCCAGAGAAGAGGCCAUCAGAGAUCCUGAAACGAGAGCGACGUUUAUUCAAAAUCUGCAGGAUCUUCGUGACAUUGCAGACCAAUUCUUCACUGCGCUCGAAGAACUCCUCUAUCGCAUGCCCUUUGGAAUUCGUUAUAUCACGCAACAGAUGUAUGAGUGCCUCCUUUCCCGGUUCCCAGGAGAGGAUCCUGGCUUCAUUCUCCAGGCCGUCGGUCAUUGGGUCUGGAGAAACUACUUCCAGCCUGCCAUGGUCGAACCAGAGAAAUAUGGUGUCAUAGAACGUGGUCUCACGCAGGAGCAGAAGAGAAAUCUGUCUGAAAUUGCCAAGGUUGUGGCCCAGGUCGCCUCCGGAAGACUGUUUGGCACGGAGAAUGUCUACCUGCAGCCGCUGAACAGCUAUGUUGCCGACUCAAUUCAACGACUCGGCCGAAUUUGGGGCGACAUGGUGUCGGUACAAGAUGCGGAAGCGUAUUUCGACAUUGAUGAAUUCAAUGAUCUUUACGCGAAGACUAAGCCUACACUGUACAUCAAGAUGUCUGACAUUUUUUCGAUCCACCAACUUGUUGCGUCUGAGAUCAACUAUAUUUGUCCACACCCCGACGAUAUUCUAAGGGAGAUAAUCCGCGAUCUCGGAAAUGUGAAGACGAACGAGAACGAACUAAUGAGCGUCAAUUCCUCGGAAAUCAAUUUGACGUUAAAUCCCAAGCUUGCGCAAGUAGAAGAUCCCGAAGCAGAUGUCAAAGCGCUUUUCAUGGAAACGAAACGAUGUGUUCUCUAUAUCAUUAGGGUUCAGACGGGCGCCAAUCUCUUGGAAAUUAUGGUCAAACCACCCACCGAGGAGGACGAAGAACGAUGGAUGACCUUGGUACGGGACGAGUUAACCGCGAAUACCAGCCAGCGAAGCGCAUACUCUGAGGCGAGCACGCUGGUCGAUAUUGCGUCCAUGACGUACUCCGAGCUGAAACGGACUGCACUUGAGAACAUUCUCCAGCUCGAGCGGACCGGCAAGAUUCGCCGUGACAACCAUUAUCAAGAUCUCCUCAAUGCCAUUGCUAUUGAUAUCCGCACUAAGCACCGCCGUAGAAUUCAGCGGCAGCGAGAAUUGGAGAGCGCACGUCUUACCCUGGGUCGUCUCAACGAUCAAGCCGGUUGGCUGGAACAGCAGCUCAAAACCUACAACGACUACAUCGAGCAGGCAAUGGUGACCUUGCAGAACAAGAAAGGCAAGAAGCGAUUCCUCAUGCCAUUUACCAAACAAUGGGACCAUCAACGCGAGCUUCAAAAGUCCGGCAAAGUGUUCAAGUUCGGCUCCUACAAAUACUCGGCCCGGAACCUCGCAGACAAGGGCGUUUUGGUUUACUGGAAGGGCUACUCGGAGCGCCAAUGGGACCGUGUCGACCUCACAAUAUCUAGCAAUGAAGUCGGUGUCUUCACCCUCGAUGGCAGCAGUGGUCCCAUGAUGGUCCCGGGGGCAAACGCUCAGGUGCCCUUGGACGACUUGCUGCAAGCGCAAUUCAACAACAUGCAGUUCAUGGACUUCUUCGAUGGACACUUACGAGUCAACGUGAACCUCUUCUUGCAUCUGAUUAUGAGAAAAUUCUAUAACGAAUGA